ACUUUCUCUUGUCCAUCGCGAACCCAUGCGUAUCAUCCUCGACGCGUCGUACAUUCCUCUAUCGCGAAUACACGUCUCUUCGCAGCUGCGAAGAGUGCCGUUUGCUCUUACAUAUCGUAAAACAGGCCUUAAUGGACCGUACUUCACGUGUAAUACGCGGAUACUGUCAACCCAAUCCGCCACACGAUCACCUACAACCACACCACCAACAUGGAUUGACCGUGCGCCAGUCAAAAUUCAGCCGUAUCUACAUCUAACGCGACUGGAUAAACCUAUUGGAACUAUCUUAUUAUACUAUCCUUGUGCUUGGUCUAUCACAAUGGCUUCUUUCGCCCUUGACACGCCGCUCACGACUCCAAUAAAGUACCUUGCUCUAUUUGGAGUCGGUGCGCUCAUUAUGCGUGGUGCUGGAUGUACCAUCAAUGACAUGUGGGACCGGAACCUUGAUAAAGCGGUCGCCAGAACGAAGGACAGACCAUUAGCGAAAGGGGAUGUCACGGCGAAACAGGCUUUCGGGUUCUUAGGUCUGCAGUUGACGGCUGGAUUAGCGGUGCUCACCCAACUAAAUUGGUAUAGCAUCUUGUUGGGUGCAUCUUCGCUCUCAGUGGUCACCAUCUAUCCCUUCAUGAAACGAGUCACUUACUGGCCUCAAGCCGUUCUCGGACUUGCUUUUAACUGGGGUGCACUCCUCGGCUGGUCUGCUGUAGCGGGUUCUGUGAACUGGAGUGUCUGUCUCCCUCUCUAUGCAGGAGGCAUAUGCUGGACACUUGUCUACGACAGUAUCUACGCUCACCAGGACAAAACGGAUGACGUGACGGUUGGCAUCCGAUCUACAGCACUCCUCUUUGGACAAAACACCCUUCCCAUCCUAAGCGCACUUUCCGCUUCUUCCAUCUCUUUCAUCACUGUUGCAGGAUACAUGAAUUCUCAAACCCUCCCUUUCUAUGCUGGCGUCACACUUGCAGCUGUCCAAUUAGCCAGGGUGUUGAAGAACACAGACUUCGACAGUAGACCCAGCUGUUGGAAGGGAUUUGUGGGAUGUGGUUGGGCUGGAUUCUGGGUAUGGAUGGGAGCAUUGACAGAUUAUGUGUUGUUGGCUUCUGGUGUUACUCUGCCUGUUCUCGUGUAAGAAUACAUGCACGAGUUCCCGCUAGCUUGAACGUUCGAAGAUAUGAUAAUACUUUUAUUCGGU